AGGGCUGCGCGUCCACGAGAGGGCUGCGCUGCUCUGCAGGGGAGGUGAUCUGCGUGGUGGACGCUGCCUGCCCCCACAGAUUCCACGCCGCUCGGACCUGCCCUGGGCAGUGGGCGAGGAGGACUUGACUCACUGCCUGGAGCUGAGGGACCUCAAGGGGCGCUCCGCCAUGGUCAUGCCCGUGUGCGCCCAUGAUGG